AUGGGAUUUUGGCCAUACAUCGGAACAAAGGAUAACCAAGCCAAGACUCCUUUCCGGCGUAUUGUAACCCACCACAAGAACGAGAAGUCCUCGAUCCUGAUAAAUGAGGAGCUUCAGUUCGAGGAUGGGUGGGGCAGCCAGGCCGUCACUAUAUGGAAAAACCACGAAUAUCCCGCCGAGUACCAGCGCGAAAAACCCGACGCCGUGCCGAUCAUCUACACCCACGGAUCUUUAAUCCGCGCGGUCGAGUUUCCUCCACGUUCUCAGGGACAUAAUCAUAGAACGGCUUCUCUUGAUUAUGGUAUAGUCAUGGAGGGCGAGCUGGAGCUACUGCUUGAAGAUGGAUCGCGAACUAACUUACGGGCGGGAGAUAUUGUCGUUCAACAGGCAACAAUGCAUCAAUGGAACAAUGUUUCAGACAAGCCUGCUCGCAUCAUAUUCGUUCUCCUCCCAGGACAGAAGAAAACCAAGGAUGGCAUGGACAUCACGGAGAAGGGAGUGCCUAUCGAUAUGUUGCCCAAGAGAGGAUAG